UGUCCAGUAUUGACCGACUCGUUCCUCCUUCUGGACGUUCAGUGUGCCUUUGAUUUGCUCGAGGAAAAUCUUGUUGACAUUCGUAUGUUUUUGUAGUCCAUAUUAACCAAUAAUGUCUUAGAUAUUCUCUUUGCAUUCCUUUACAAAAAUCUAUUAAUAAAUCGAAAGUACAAGAAGAUUGACUGGAAUAAGUCAUCGAGUUAGAUUGCUAAAGAUAGUUCAUUAUCAUCAUCAUUCAUUAAUCCUUUUCAAUAAAUAAAUCUCUGAGUUUUUUUUAAAGUUUUUAUUAGUCUGAUGUUCGUUAUGAGUCAAAUUAAAUUUCAUCUGUGAAAUAAACAAAAUUAGAAAAUCAUUUGGCAAUUUUUCCUCAGAAAGGAAUGAAAAACUUAUCGGAUAAAUAUGCUAUGCAUUUCAAAACUCAUUUUUUUUAUUGGAAUUUCAAAUUCAAAGAUCAGACGAUCGUUGUUGUCAUUGAAUAGUACGACUUAUGAGAAUCAUAUAAAAGGAAAAGAGACAUCUGAUUAAUGUUUUACCUCUUAUGUGACUUGUUUAUCUAUGUGUCGAUUCAACUAAUGCGUAUACAACGCUGUUGACAUGGUCGAAUCAUUAGAAAUAAUAAAAAAUAAAAAAAAGAAUAUAAAACAUCUUUCCCAUCAAAACAAUGAUAAAUUAAUUUAUUUUGCAUGUUUUCAGAAAAUGUCUUCACAGUUGAAACAAAUAACUUCAGAGUAAAAUGAACAAAUCUUAGUACUUGGUUCAAACAAUCAAAAUACUGAUUUAAAAUCAUUUCCACAUCCAUUUCGUAGUGGUAAUUAUGGUGAAGGAAGUGAACCGAAAACAUUAAUUGAAUUACAAAUGAUGGAUUAUGAUUCAAUACGAGAUCAAUCAAUGGAAAUGUCUGUUGUUGAUGGUGUUUGGCAAAGUGAUGAAUUAAUAUCUCAAGAUAUUAAGCAAUCAUUAAUUUCAUAUGUAAUUAUUUUAGAAAAUGUACCAGAAAAUGAACAAGAUUGGCAUCCAGGAACAAAUAAACAAAUAUUAGAUUUAGUUCAUCCAUCUUUAUUUUGUUUUGUUAAUCAAAUAACAAGAGUUAUCAAUGAUAAAAAUCAUUUUAUUAAUGUUGAUAAUGCUCUUGAACAUAUUGAUUAUACUCGAUCAAAUGUUUAUCAAUGGAUUCCAACUGAAUUCAAUAUUUCUCAAGAUGGUAAAGUUAAAAUUGAAUCAUAUAUCAAUAAUUUACAUCCAAUUCAACAUAAAAACUUAUAUCAAAUCAUUGAAAAUAUUUUUCAAUGUUUUAUACCUUUAUUUAAUACAGUUUUGACUGAUUUAAUUUAUAAUCAAAAUAUACCAAAUCAAAUUAUUGUUGAUCCUUAUCAACGGUAUGCUGAUGAAUCCUCAUCUGAUAAUCAGGAUGAUGAUGAUGAUAAUAAUCAUCAUCGUCGAACAAUUAUACAACCUGAUGUUGAAGAAUUUCAAAUACCAUUAUCAACAAAUUCAAAUAUUAAUUUAUGUGGAAGAAAAUUACAAAUUAUUGUUAAAUUAGCAAAUAUAAUUUUAACACCUUCAAAUCCAAAAUAUCCUGGUGAUGAUCAUUAUGGUGUCAAUAGUGUUUAUGGUUUACAAGAUGAACAACCUUUAAAUCAAUCAUUAGGUAAAAUAAUUACUCAAGAAAAUCGUUGUAUUGUUUUUCCAAAUAUUUAUCAACAUUGUGUUGCACCUUUUCAAUUGAAAGAUUCAACUCAGCCAGGUCAAAGAAAAAUUUUAGUCUUUUUCUUAGUUGACCCAACGAUUCGAAUUUUAUCAACUGCUCAUAUUCCACCACAACAAUCUCAUUGGUAUAUUGAUUUGAUGCGUUCUACUUCUCCAUUUAAUCGAUUACCAUCAUUAGUCAUCAAUAAAAUUAUGAGUUAUAUUGAUUUUCCUAUGACAAUGAAUCAAGCAAAACAACAUCGUGAUAAAUUAAUGGAUGAAAGAAAAUAUUUUAUUUCACAAAAUAAUCAUUUACUCUUUGAAAGACCUUUUUCAUUAUGUGAACAUUGA